ACUCUGCAGGAAACAAAGCUCCAGUGUUUCCACCAGGAGGGCGAGCAACAUCUGCAAAGCCUUUUUCGCCUCCAGGUGGAGUAGGCAGAUUUCCGGGCCCUUCUGGACUAAGAGCUCCAGCUUCAGAGCCACAGAGAAACCGAAUGGCUCCCUCAAGACCUGACAUUGGCUGCAGGCCAGACACGGGUGCUCCUCCUGUGCCAAAUACUCCAAGACCUAUCCCAUCCAGUCUGUACAGCAGGGGUCCACCCCCUGUGCCCGGGGCCAGCAGACAAGCGAGCUUAGGCCUGACCCCUCCACCUUUCCCAGGUAGUAGAAAUCCAGGGUCCGGAGGAUCCAUUCGGCAAUCAUCACCAGUUACUCCUCCUUCUCCCUUCUCAAACAGGCCUCCUCUCCCUCCAGUACCAGGUAGGCCAACAGAAGAUAAGGCACCUCCACCAUUACCUCCAACUGGAAACAGGCCCUCUUUUGGCAGGGAGGCUUCCCUACCACCUCCCCCGCCCCAAAACCACAAGCCGCCAAUUCCUUCCACACCACGGCCACCUGCAGUAUCUCAGGUUCCUCCUCCUCUUCCCCCAAGUCGUCCAGGCCCACCUCCACUUCCACCGGCAUCAGGUGGAAAUGAUGAGAUGCCGCGGCUUCCUCAAAGGAACCUAUC